CCGCUCAACGUGGCGCUCGUGUUCUCGGGGCCCGCGUACACGGCCGAGGCGGCGCGCCUGGGCCCAGCCGUGGCGGCGGCCGUGCGCAGCCCGGGACUGGACGUGCGGCCCGUGGCGCUGGUGCUCAACGGCUCGGAUCCGCGCAGCCUCGUGCUGCAGCUCUGCGACCUGCUGUCGGGGCUGCGGGUGCACGGCGUGGUCUUCGAGGACGACUCGCGCGCGCCCGCCGUCGCGCCCAUCCUGGACUUCCUCUCGGCGCAGACCUCGCUGCCCAUCGUGGCCGUGCACGGCGGCGCUGCGCUCGUGCUCACGCCCAAGGAGAAGGGCUCCACUUUCCUGCAGUUGGGCUCCUCCACCGAGCAGCAGCUUCAGGUCAUCUUCGAGGUGCUGGAGGAGUACGACUGGACGUCCUUCGUGGCGGUGACCACGCGGGCCCCCGGCCACCGGGCCUUCCUGUCCUACAUCGAGGUGCUGACGGACGGCAGCCUGGUGGGCUGGGAGCACCGCGGGGCGCUGAUGCUGGACCCUGGGGCCGGCGAGGCGGUGCUGGGCGCGCAGCUCCGCAGCGUCAGCGCGCAGAUUCGCCUGCUCUUUUGCGCGCGCGAGGAGGCCGAGCCCGUGUUCCGCGCCGCCGAGGAGGCCGGCCUCACGGGGCCCGGCUACGUGUGGUUCAUGGUGGGGCCCCAGCUGGCCGGGGGAGGGGGCUCGGGGGCGCCCGGGGAGCCCCUGCUCCUGCCCGGAGGUGCCCCGCUGCCCGCCGGCCUGUUCGCCGUGCGCUCCGCUGGCUGGAGGGACGACCUGGCCCGGCGCGUGGUGGCCGGUGUCGCCGUGGUGGCCAGAGGUGCCCAGGCCCUGCUACGAGACUAUGGCUUCCUGCCCGAGCUCGGACACGACUGUCGCGCCCAGAACCGCACGCACCGCGGGGAGAGCCUGCACAGGUACUUCAUGAACAUCACGUGGGAUAACCGGGAUUACUCCUUCAAUGAGGACGGCUUCCUGGUGAACCCGUCCCUGGUGGUCAUCUCCCUCACCAGGGACAGAACCUGGGAGGUGGUGGGCAGCUGGGAGCAGCAGACUCUCCGCCUUAAGUACCCACUGUGGUCACGCUACGGCCGCUUCCUACAACCGGUGGACGACACGCAGCACCUGACGGUGGCCACGCUGGAGGAGCGGCCCUUCGUCAUUGUGGAGCCCGCGGACCCCAUCAGCGGCACGUGCAUCCGAGACUCGGUGCCCUGCCGGAGCCAGCUCAACCGCACCCACAGCCCUCCGCCAGACGCCCCCCGCCCGGAAAAGCGGUGCUGCAAGGGUUUCUGCAUCGACAUUCUGAAGCGGCUGGCGCACACCAUCGGCUUCAGCUAUGACCUCUACCUGGUCACGAACGGCAAGCACGGGAAGAAGAUCGAUGGCGUCUGGAAUGGCAUGAUUGGAGAGGUGUUCUACCAGCGGGCGGACAUGGCCAUCGGCUCCCUCACCAUCAAUGAGGAGCGGUCCGAGAUCGUGGACUUCUCCGUCCCCUUCGUAGAGACGGGCAUCAGCGUCAUGGUGGCGCGUAGCAAUGGCACUGUGUCCCCCUCUGCCUUCCUCGAGCCCUACAGCCCCGCCGUGUGGGUGAUGAUGUUCGUCAUGUGCCUCACUGUGGUCGCCGUCACCGUUUUCAUCUUUGAGUACCUCAGUCCGGUCGGCUACAACCGCAGCCUGGCCACGGGCAAGCGCCCUGGCGGCUCAACCUUCACCAUUGGGAAAUCAAUCUGGUUGCUCUGGGCCCUGGUGUUCAAUAACUCGGUGCCCGUGGAGAACCCCCGGGGGACCACCAGCAAAAUCAUGGUGCUGGUGUGGGCCUUCUUCGCCGUCAUCUUCCUCGCCAGCUACACAGCCAACCUGGCCGCCUUCAUGAUCCAGGAGGAGUACGUGGACACCGUGUCUGGGCUCAGUGACCGCAAGUUCCAGCGGCCCCAGGAGCAGUACCCGCCGCUCAAGUUCGGGACGGUGCCCAAUGGGUCCACGGAGAAGAACAUACGCAGCAACUACCCCGACAUGCACAGCUACAUGGUGCGUUACAACCAGCCCCGCGUGGAGGAGGCCCUGACGCAGCUCAAGGCAGGAAAGCUGGACGCCUUCAUCUAUGACGCAGCCGUGCUCAACUAUAUGGCCCGCAAAGACGAGGGCUGCAAGCUGGUUACCAUCGGCUCUGGCAAGGUCUUUGCCACCACCGGCUAUGGCAUCGCGCUGCACAAGGGCUCCCGCUGGAAGCGGCCCAUUGAUCUGGCACUGCUGCAGUUUCUGGGGGACGAUGAGAUCGAGAUGCUGGAGCGGCUUUGGCUGUCCGGGAUCUGCCACAACGACAAGAUCGAGGUCAUGAGCAGUAAGCUGGACAUCGACAACAUGGCAGGGGUCUUCUACAUGCUCCUGGUGGCCAUGGGCCUCUCCCUGCUGGUCUUCGCAUGGGAGCACCUGGUCUACUGGCGCCUCCGCCACUGCCUGGGGCCCACCCACCGCAUGGACUUCCUGCUGGCCUUCUCCAGGCCCCCGCCAUGCCGCGCCGCGCCGCCGCCUUGCCCGUACCUCGAUCUGGAGCCGUCGCCGUCGGACUCGGAGGACUCGGAGAGCCUGGGCGGCGCAUCUCUGGGUGGCCUGGAGCCCUGGUGGUUCGCCGACUUCCCCUACCCGUAUGCCGAGCGCCUGGGCCCGCCGCCCGGCCGCUACUGGUCGGUCGACAAGCUCGGUGGCUGGCGCGCCGGCAGCUGGGACUAUCUGCCCCCGCGCAGCGGCCCGGCCGCCUGGCAUUGCCGCCACUGCGCCAGCCUGGAGCUGCUGCCGCCACCGCGCCAUCUCAGCUGCUCACACGACGGCCUGGACGGCGGCUGGUGGGCGCCGCCGCCGCCACCCUGGGCCGCAGGGCCGCCUCCCCGGCGCCGGGCCCGCUGCGGGUGUCCAAGGCCGCAUCCGCACCGUCCACGGGCCUCGCACCGUGCGCCCGCCGCCGCCCCCCCGCACCACCACCGGCACCGGCACCGGCGCGCCGCCGCGGGCUGGGACUUCCCACCACCCGCCCCCACCUCGCGGUCGCUGGAGGACCUCAGCUCGUGUCCCCGCGUCGCCCCCGCGCGCCGGCUCACCGGGCCCUCGCGCCACGCGCGCCGCUGCCCACAUGCCGCGCACUGGGGGCCGCCGCUGCCCACCGGGUCCCACCGGAGACACCGGGGCGGGGAGCUGGGCACCCGCAGGGGCUCGGCGCACUUCUCCAGCCUGGAGUCCGAAGUAUGA